GCAGAUCUCAGCCAGGAGAAUUGACGGCUGUGAUGGGCCCAUCUGGAUCGGGAAAGACCACGUUGUUGGAUAUUCUAGCAGAUCGCAUCAGCUCUCUGACUGGUCGGAUAGAAGGGACAAUCGAACUGAACGGUGCGAAGCGCAACGCCAAGACCUUUCGGGCAGUGACAAGCUACGUGGCUCAGGAAGAGUCGCUGCUUGGAUCCUUUACGGUCCUAGAGACACUGACGAUGGCCGCCAAGCUCUCGCUCCCGUAUAGCGUAGAUAACGCGAUGAUACACGAGCGCGUGGAGGAUGUAGUUGAUGAGAUGGGUCUCAGUGUCUGUAGGAACACGUUGGUGGGUGAUAUCUUCCACAAGGGGAUCUCUGGAGGUCAGAAACGGCGGCUGAGCAUUGCCAUCGAGCUGCUGUCCAACCCGUCGAUUCUGUUGUUGGAUGAGCCGACGUCGGGCUUGGAUUCGUCGUCGACCUUCAAUGUGAUGAAGUUCAUCAAAAGACUGUGUCAGGAAGGAAAGAAUGUGAUCUGCACCAUCCAUCAGCCAUCGUCACUGGUCUUUGACAUGUUCACAAAUCUCAUGAUCCUGAGUAAAGGGAAGACGGUGUAUUUUGGGUCCUGCAGUGCGAGCAUAGACCACUUCGCCUCUGCCGGCUAUGCCUGUCCGACGUACUCCAACCCAGCUGAGUACUUCAUUGAAUUGGUGAAUGCCGACUUCGAAGGCCAUGCUGACAUCCCCGCCCUCGUGAAUGCCUACGCCUCAAGCACGGCCGCUGCAAAGAUCACGAGGGAUAUCAGCGAGGAUCGACACAGUGCAGUCGCAGAGGCCACCAAGCAGUUGGAGCCGAUUGCACCGUCUGCGUGGAGGCAGUUCUGGGUGCUUAUGUAUCGCGGUUCCAUCAACAACGUUCGUAAUCCAGGCAUCUUCUGGGUGAGACUCUUCAUGUACAUCAUGCUAUCGUUCAUGGUCGGCACCAUGUACUUGCGGACGAACAAGGACAUCUCCCAACAGGACAUAGUGCCUCUGCUGUUCUACGUGCAGGCAUUCCUGGUCUUCAUGUCCGUGGCUGUGCUUCCCUUCUUUAUAGAACAACGCCCGGUCUUCACACGGGAACGGGCCAACUCGUCGCUGAGUGUGAUCAGCUACGUGCUGGCAAACUUCCUCGCCGCGCUGCCGGGGAUCUUUCUCAUUGCACUCGUUUCGUCGUUGCUUGUGGUGUUUCUUGCUGACAUCAACUCUUUUGGCUCGUUCCUGCUCAACCUGUUCCUCUCUCUUGUGGUUGCUGAGUCCCUCAUGCACGUGAUCGGUGCCGCCGUCCCGCAUUACAUAAUUGGCAUUGCACUGGGCGCCGGGCUCUUCGGCAUGUUCAUGCUUUGCGAGGGCUUCAUGGUGCCACGGGCGUCAAUUCCCAACUACUGGAUCUGGGGCUACUACUUGGCAUUCCACUCGUACUCGUUCGAGAGUUUUGUUUAUGAGCACUUCAGGCAGGAAAACUCGCCGGAAGCAAAGGCGAUUCUUGAGCGCUUGGGGAUGGAAGACGUCGAUGUCAGUCAGAAUAUGGCAAUCCUAGCCGGAUACGCUGUAGGAUUUCAACUGAUCUUCACAUUUAUCCUGUACAAGUUUCACACUGGACGAAGGUAGAGAGUACACACUGCACAGUACAUGUCCAAGAGACUUUCUCCUACAGAACUCACCUUCACAUUUGGAAUGCUCACGAGUCAUGGCAUUGCCUU